CAAACAACUUGUGGCAAUUUUCAUAACAAAAAUGAAUCAAAUGGUAACAGCUGUGAUACUCGUUAUGGUUACCUACUUCUCGGGUUAUUGUGUGCCUAAGACAGUGGCUAAUUUAAAAUCAUCAAUCCUACCUCCACUUGGCCGUGUGCCUGCUGCAGUCGAAUGUACUUCGGAUAAUUCUAAAAAGCCUGAAAAUAUUUUAAUGAGACUAGCACCAGAAGAAACCAAGAAACUCCAAGAUCAAGACGAGGAAGUAAAACCUGGGUUAUUUGAGGGAGACAUAGCCAUGGACGAAGCGAUGUAUGACAAAUGGAGGGUAGGAUUUAGGUGGACUAACUUUCCAGACAAAAUUUGGAAAAAUGGAAUUGUAUCUUACUAUAUAAGUGAAUUAUACAACGAAGCAUCUACACAAUUAAUUCAUGGAGCAAUUGAGAAAAUUAAUUAUAUGACUUGUGUAAAAUUAAUUCCGUGGGAUAGACAGACUGUCGAUUAUAUUCAUAUUCAACCCGUCAAGGACCCUUCGGGUUGCUGGUCCCAUGUGGGCCGACGGGGUGGUGAGCAGGUUGUUAGUUUACAAGCCCCAACGGAUUAUAGCCCUGGAUGUCUAGCUAGUGAAGGAACUCCUAUUCAUGAAAUAAUGCACGCUUUGGGAACUUUCCAUGAACAAUCACGAUGGGACAGGGAUAAGUAUAUUGACUUACAUAGAGACAACAUAAAACCAAAUAGCUUGCAAAAUUUCAAAAUACAACCGUAUCACAAGGCAUUCACCAAAUAUCCAUACGACUAUAAUUCUCUUAUGCAUUAUGGUAACAAUUUCUUCGCUGUGGACAGAAGUAAACCAACAAUUACACCUAAAAAGGAAGGAGUCUCUGUGGGACAAAGAGAAGGAAUGUCAGUUUUGGAUUGUAUCAAGCUAAACGAUCUUUAUGGAUGUUUCAAAGGCCAUAAGGAAAGUUACUACAGACGAAUCUGUAGAACGUAUGGAGUAAAAUAAUCUCGAAAUAAAUAAUUGUGUGGUUUUCUUUGUCAUUUAUCCAUUGUUUACUACAUUUAAUAA